AUGGGUUGUUUACCAGGUUCGCGGAGUGGAGAUUCGUGCAUCGUGCUCGCCUCAACUUGGUUCCUCGCCAAGCCUUGGGACCGCUCUCGUCGAGGUUGCCGCCGCUGCUCGUCCACGGAAGAAACGCUUCCUCAUGUGCUUAAUCACUGCAUGCGUUAUUCUGCUGCCUAUCAGUCUCGACAUAAUGCAGUGAUGGACCGUGUGCACAAAGCUGCUGGCAGUCGCUGGAACCUUCUCUCCGCCAAUCAGGUUUUCCCGGGCACCAAUCUUCGACCGGAUCUCGUCCUCUGCAAAGACCGCUCAGCUAUUGUAAUCGACGUCACCAUCUCCUUCGAGAACAGGCUGUCUGCUUUUUCUUCUGCACGCGAGGAUAAGAUCACCAAGUACCGCCCCGUAGUCGACCUGCUGAAGCGAGAUUUCGCUGAUGUUCGUUCUUACGCGUUCGUUGUUGGCUCUCUCGGCGCAUGGGAUAAAGAGAACGACAAGUUGCUUCGAAGGCUGUGCAGCAAUAAAUAUGCCAACCUACUGAGGAAACUUGUUGUAAGCGAAACUAUCCGCUACUCAAGAAACAUCUACGUUGAGCAUCUCACUGGGAUUCGCCAGAUGUAA